UCAACAGCCCUUAAGAUGUGCUAUCGUGGUUAUGGUUAUCCCUUGAUGCUGUUCUUGGAAGAAGGAGGGGUAGUUACAGUGUGUAAAAUAAACACUCAAGAACCUCAGGACUUGUUGGACUUUGAUUUCUGCAGUACAAAGGUUGUUAAUAAAAUCAUCCUUCAGUCAGAGGGAUUACGAAAAGCAUUUGCUGAGCUGGAUAUGACCAGUGAAGUUAUGCAGAUUACCAUGUCUCCAGAUAAACCCUACUUCAGGUUAUCCACUUUUGGAAAUGCUGGCAGUGCACAUCUGGACUACUCUAAGGACUCUGAUUUGAUAGAAGCAUUCCACUGUAACCAGACCCAGACAAACAGGUACAAGAUUUCUUUGCUUAAACCAUCUACAAAGGCACUGGCUUUAUCUUGUAAGGUGUCCAUUAGAACAGAUGCUCAAGGAUUUCUUUCACUGCAGUAUAUGAUUAGGAAUGAAGAUGGACAGAUCUGUUUUGUAGAAUACUAUUGUUGCCCAGAUGAGAAUAUUACUGAAGAGAUGUAG